GCCCGAGACAUCCCCCCUCCCAUUCCUUCGCCGUCCGCCUCCUGGCUCCUCCUGCUGCUUCUCCGCUAGUGCUCCCCCGCGGCAACUCCGCCACGAGGCCCACGCCCGCGAUGGCGACCAUCACCACGCACCUCCGCUCCGCGCUCCUCGCCCCGGGCGGGCGCCGCGGGCGCCGCCGCGCGCCCUCCUCCGUGCGAUGCGACGCCUCCCCGCCGUCCUCCUCGGCGUCCGCGUCGCUCGACCCGGACUUCGACAAGAAGGCCUUCCGCCACAACCUCACCCGGAGCGACAACUACAACCGCAAGGGCUUCGGGCACAAGAAGGAGACGCUCGAGCUCAUGAGCCAGGAGUACACCAGUGAUGUGAUCAAGACGCUCAAGGAGAACGGCAACCAGCACACCUGGGGCCCCGUCACCGUGAAGCUGGCGGAGGCCUACGGCUUCUGCUGGGGCGUCGAGCGCGCCGUGCAGAUCGCCUACGAGGCGCGCAAGCAGUUCCCCGAGGAGCGCAUCUGGCUCACCAACGAGAUCAUCCACAACCCCACCGUCAACAAGAGGUUGGAUGAGAUGGGUGUAGAAACCAUUCCUGUUGAUGCGGGUAUCAAGGAUUUCAAUGUUGUUGAAAAAGGCGAUGUUGUCGUGUUGCCUGCAUUUGGAGCUGCUGUGGAGGAGAUGUACACACUGAAUGAGAAGAAAGUGCAGAUAGUUGAUACAACCUGCCCUUGGGUUUCAAAGGUCUGGAACAUGGUCGAAAAGCACAAGAAGAGUGAAUACACUUCAAUUAUUCACGGAAAAUAUUCCCAUGAAGAAACUGUUGCCACUGCUUCUUUUGCAGGAAAGCACAUCAUUGUGAAGAAUAUAGCAGAGGCAACCUAUGUGUGUGAUUAUAUACUUGGUGGCCAACUUGAUGGGUCUAGCUCAACAAAAGAGGCGUUCCUUGAGAAAUUCAAAAAUGCUGUUUCUCCAGGAUUUGAUCCUGAUGUUGAUCUUGAUAAGGUGGGCAUUGCAAAUCAAACAACAAUGCUUAAAGGAGAAACUGAAGAAAUCGGGAAACUUGUUGAGAGGACUAUGAUGCAAAAGCAUGGAGUUGAAAAUGUCAAUGAUCACUUCAUGGCCUUCAACACAAUUUGUGAUGCUACUCAGGAAAGACAAGAUGCUAUGUAUCAGCUGGUGAAGGAGAAAGUUGACCUUAUUCUGGUUGUUGGAGGGUGGAACUCCAGUAAUACCUCUCAUUUGCAAGAAAUCGGAGAACUUAGUGGAAUUCCAUCCUACUGGAUUGACAGUGAGCAAAGGAUUGGCCCAGGAAACAGGAUCAGCUACAAGCUAAAUCAUGGUGAACUUGUCGAGAAAGAGAACUGGUUACCUGAGGGGCCUAUUACAAUUGGUGUUACUUCUGGUGCCUCAACUCCAGACAAGGUUGUUGAGGAUGCGCUUCAGAAGGUAUUCGAGAUCAAGCGUCAGGAAAUUUUGCAGGUUGCCUGAAUUCUAAGCAGGAAAAGAGUGUAAUAGCUGAUGGCUUGGCAAAGGCUAGUAGAACUGUUGCACGGGCAAUGCUUGUACAGUAGAUAAGAAUGUUACGAUUUAGGCACGUAUUACCACGAGGCACUGCCCUUGUGCUCGGAUUUAUAGUCUGGUGGAAAAGAAAUUGUUGUAAUCAUUCCUAUGGAUAACAGUUCCAUCAGCUUUUGUGACUUUUUGGCCCUUAAAUUAGUGUCAGGGAAGUGCCUCUUCCAUAUGAAGAAAAUCUCACGUGUUAGUUCGUGCAUUGAGCUCAGAUGCAGGAAUUCAUGUACCUACACAAGUGCAGAAAUGCAGAGUUCCUCUGUAUUAAAAGUUUUAGUCCAGUCCAGUCUUGAUGUAUCACCAGUUGUAGAAGAAAUGACAUUGAAACGUUCAUUA